AUGAUUAUCAUUCGGUUCUUUCCACGUCAAACGUCUGAACGGUUGAACCUCAUCGAAAUGACCACACGCAUCGUCUCGCUGUUCGUGCUGUGCGCGGUAAUGUGCCAGAUGUGUCUCGCAAAACCAGCAAAAGUGCUCCAGAAUCUAGAAUCUUUGAGCCCUGUGCAACAGGAAGAGGCGAUAUCCACGGUUUCUGAUAACAAGAGGGAACAACGAUCGCCGCAGUUCGGAUUUUUGAACGGAGAUUACUCAGACUCUGACUUGGACUUCGAAGAAGGAGAACGUAGCUUUAAACAUCACUACAAGCAUCAUCGCAAACCAGCAGGCUGUAGAGAUUAUCCUUGUGGACAAUAUCCAGGAUACGUGCCACCUGUUUAUCCAUCAUAUCCAACACAGAGUGGUGCAUCAGGGUCUUUCGCCACAGCUUCCGCAGGAUCCAUCAACGCAAAUGGACCCACCGGGGGACAAAGUCACUCGAACGCACAAAGCGCCAGCUUCAACUUCGGACCGUAUUCCGCAUCUUUCAGCGUCGCUGAAUCUUCUUCUGGCCAAAAGUUUUAAAAGA